CGGGCUGUGCGCACCUCUCAGCUGUGGCGCGGGGUGUGGGAGAGUGGUGAGACGAGAGUGGUAAUAAGGGCUGUUUCACUGCCAUUCUCUCUUUGACAAGUCUUGACGUCACGCCCAGCCGGGGAACACUGCACACUACGGCAGCACGGGGCUAUACACACCUGCAGCUGCCUGGGAGGGGUGGUGACGUUCGCCUUCACAUUCCAUACAUGUAAGGCUGUGUUCUGGUCCUACCUUACCUUGUGAUUUCAUCCGAUGGCCCUUAGCUACAGGAAUUGCCACUGUAUCAUCCAUUCUCCUUUUGUUAUGAUGGUUCCCAGUAUUUUGACAUCAUGAUUUUUGACGACCUCUAUGGAGACUCCCUCAGCUCAGUGAGCCAAGCAGUGCAGAGUGAAAACCUCCAGCUGCUGCAGGAGCUGCUGCAAAAUGGACAGUCCACCAACUCACGAGACAACCGUGGGUGGACUCCUCUUCAUGUGGCAGCAUCCGAGGGCUACGUGGAGGGUGUGCGCCAGCUGCUCACUGCAGAUGAUAUUGAAGUUGAAAGUUUAUCUCAUUGUGGUGUGUCACCUCUGUUUUUGGCAUGCCUUGGCAAGACAGAGUCCCACAAGAAGGUGGUGGAUAUGCUGCUGAGUGCUGGGGCUGAUCCCAACAUGACUAAAGGGGACAGUUGGAAUGUGCCACUACAUGCAGCAACAGAGAACAAUAGUGUGGAGAUUGUGAGGGCAUUGCUUGAUGGUGGUGCUGACCCAAAUAUAAUUGCCUACAAAAACACAACAGCUCUCCAUGCUGCUGCAGAGGUGGGAGCCCUGGAGGUGGCGCAGCUUCUCUUGGAAAAGGGUGGAAUGCUCAACACCAGCCGUGACACAAGUGAACUCACAGCCCUUCACUGCCUCUGCUUCAACUACAGCCAAAACUGUGAGGCUGUCUACAAUGACAUGCUGGACCUCUUCCUCUCCCACGAUUGUGAUUUCGAUGCACAGAUGAAUGAUGGCACAACGCCCCUGAUGCUGGCAGUGCAGAUGUGCUGGGACUGGGCAGUGGAGCGGCUGCUGGAUGAAGGAGCAGAUGUUUAUGUCAUGAAGUCCAAUAACAUACUGGUGCUUCAUUUUGCUAUUCAGUAUUCGGGUGGUCCAGCAGACGAAAGGUUCCCCCUCUCCUCCUUUUUUACAUCAGAGAAUCCAUGGACAUGCUUUGAAUUUAGAGAUGAGGAGGAAGAAAAUACGACUGUCCUUGAGAAGAUCUUGAGUCUCACAUACCCAUCUAGAAUUCCACGACAAGGAUACAGUGUCUUCCACUUGGCCAUCCGGUGGAAGAGGUACAAAGGCCUCCGCAUCCUGAUGGAUGAUGAUCUUAAUCCUGAUGAGUUCCUGCAAGAAAUGGACAGUGCCAUUAUUGAUUGUGAUGAGAGUUGUGCGGUGCCUCUUAUUGUAGAAAUCAACACAUCCCUCGACACUCCAUUGGGAUUUCUCCUCUUCCAAUCUCUCAGUCGAGGAGUUGUGGAUGCAGCGAAGUACAUGAUUGACAAAGGCAGCUGCAUCAAUGCUCUCAAGCCUGGUGUGCUCCCUCCCCUGGUGGCAGCUCUCAAGAACCGCUACCCAGGGGCCUAUGAAGCAGGUGGUCUGGGUCAGGAGAUCCUUCAAUAUCUGCUGGACCGAGGGGUUGACAUCAUGUACAGAACAAGGGAGAAGGACUUGCUUCCUGCUGCCCUCAAUGUGUCCUCACUCUUCAAUGUGGUGGGCUUUUUCCGGCUGCUACAACAUGGAGUUCCUGCUCAUCGUAUAUACACCCCUGGAAUCCUUUAUGGCCUCCUGCACCACUACCAGGAUGUCCCAUUAUACAAGGCUUACAAGAUGUUUCCUUGGCUGGUGGUGUCCUGGAUACGCACUGCUAACCUCUUCAUCCCACAAUUGUCUAUUGGUACCAUUGAGACUUUUAACACAGACUGGAAUGUGUCUGAUGAAAACCUCACACAAGCUUGGCAGGAGCUGGAGACACUCGUUGCAACUCCUAAAAGUCUCCAGCAUUUGUGUGUGCUGAAGGUGCGUUGUGUACUGGGUGAGAUGAGAGGCUGGGAGAAGCUGCAGGACUCCUUGAAAAAGCUACAUGCCCACACAAUGAUGCCAGAUCCCAUUCUUGAUUUGCUGCACUUGAGAUGGGUGAAGACAAACACAUUACAACUUACUCCUCCAGCCAGCUCCAGGCACCUUUAUAUAACUACCAAGUCAUCACAGAGUAGUAGUGAUGAAGAAGAACUCUAAACACAGUAGUCAAGAAAACAGAAGACCAGAAAAUGUUAAAGUGAUCCACCUAUGAAAGUGAAUGCGGUGUUGGUGUGAGGCAAGCAGUGACGCUCAGCAUUUUUCAAAGUAUGGACUUAGUAUGGGAAUGCUGCUGCUCCUGCAUUGCUUCACAUGCCUUCCUGCAAUGAAAGCUUUGGAUCCAUCAUGAAGGAAAAGUAAAUAAAUAUGUCAUCAUACUUUCUUAAAUAAAAGAAAUACUCAACCAUA